AUGUCGUAUACCAAAGGUCCUCGCGAUAGUGGCCUUGGGAUUAAUGAGGAUUUCGCCCCUCCACCUGGCCCUCCACCUCCAAUAACGCCCGAAGGAUGGGUCGCACGUUUUGAUGAGCGCUACCAACGCUUCUACUAUGUCAACACCUACACAAAACAAUCACAAUGGGAGAAGCCGCCGGGGACUAUUGAUCCUCCUGCUCCAGGUCGGACCACUGAUUUCGACCGUCCGCCUGCCUAUAACAGCGAAAGUAGCCGCCGCGAAGACAGACUGGUAACCCCAACUCCUCAACAGAAAUAUGAAUCUCUCCUCCCUCCACAGCCCCAACAGGAGCAACAACAAUACCUACAACCUCCUCGACCCCAGACUUCAACUUCAGGCUCAAGCUCUCCUUCGCGAGGGCUUAGCGGGCGCUUGUCAUCGUUUCUAAAAUCACAUGUUGCCAAGUCGCCCCGACCACAGCAGCAGCAAUACUACUAUCAGCAGCAGCAGCGUCCGGUAUACUAUGGCGGUGGUGGAGGCAUGAUGGGAGGACAGAGAAGACCAGGAAUGGGUGCCGGUGGCGCGGCAGCGUUAGGUGUAGGUGGUGGUUUGUUGGGAGGUAUGUUGUUGGCAGACGCGAUGGAUAAUCACCAAUACGAUCAAGGCUUUGAGGAUGGACAGGAUUAUGGCGGUGGUGGGGACUUUGGUGGUGAUAUGGAUUUUGGUGGAGGCGACUUUUAA